CCAACCGAACAAACAAAGAAAACAAACUCUCCAAACCCAUUUCAAUUUUCAAAUCUGCUCCUCCUCCUGCUGCUCCGCCGCCGCCGCACCUCCAAACCCCACCUCGUCGCCCUCCCUCCCCGAACCCUAAAUCCGCGAGCCAUCGCCGCCCGUGCCCGAUGGGGUUCGUGGAUCCGGCGGCGCCGCUGCUGGCGACGUGCGGCGGCGACACGGUGAAGCUCUUCGACGUUAGGGUGGAGUCCGGCGACCCCUGCGUCCUCGCCUACACCCCCGCGCCCGGCAACCCCGUCAACGCCGUCAAGUGGAACCACACCAAUCUAAUUGUAGCAAGCGCUGGGGAUGAUAAGAAGAUCUCAUUGUGGCAUAAAAAAGGUCAAAAUGUAGGACAGCUACCAACAGCCACUGUUGAUCGUGGUGACGACAUAGAGGAGUGCAUUUAUUCUAUCAGUUUUAGCAACAAAGGUUCUCGAUAUCUUUGCUCUGGUGGGAGUGGCCAUAUUGUCAGAAUAUGGGAUUUGCAGCGGAAGAGAUGUAUCAAAUGGCUAAGUGGUCACACUGACACAAUUACUGGUGUAAUGUAUAACUGCAAAGAUGAACAUUUGGCAUCGAUCAGCAUGAAGGGUGAUCUCAUUCUUCACAAUCUUGCUUCUGGAGCACGUGCUGCUGAACUUAGUGAUCCAAAUGGACAAGUGUUGAGAGUGCUUGAUUAUUCACGAAACAGUAGACAUUUAUUGGUGACAGCAGGAGAUGAUGGUUCUGUGCAUCUUUGGGAUACAACUGCAAAGUCUCCGAAGGUGUCAUGGCUGAAGCAACAUUCUGCACCCACAAGUGGUGUUUGUAUCUCGCCAUCAAGUGACAAGAUAAUUGCUACAGUUGGCCUGGACAAGAAGUUGUACACAUUAGAUUCAUCGUCAAGAAGACCAACACACACCAUUCCUCAUGUGGCCCCAUUCUCCUCGUUGGCAUAUAAUGAUGAUGGUACUAUAUUAGCUGCAGGCACAAAUAGUGGACGUGUGAUAUUCUAUGAUGUCCGGGGAAAACCUCAGCCAUUGACCAUUCUUCGUGCCUACAAUAGCUCUGAGGCUGUGACAGGUUUAUGUUGGCAACGGUCGAAACCUGUCAUUGUUAAUGAGAACAGUUCUUCUGAAGUUGCUCUUCUUGGGGGAACUAGUGAAGAGUCUGUUCUUAUGCCAGAUCCCUUGCCUUCGGCGACACCUACAAGUUUUUCUUCUGGAGGGGUCACUGUAGGUCUUCGUUCUUCUUUGACACCAAACACAAGUGGCUUUCUUUCGACAUCGAACUCUUCUACCAUGGAGGAAACUCCAUAUAGAGCACGUCCGUUAUCUGGAGGACCAUUAUCAAAGCUACAGGCUCCUCGUAGUAACUAUAAUCUAAAGGAUGAUAUGGAUGUCUUUUCUCCACUUGUUGAUGUCCAGCCUUUCACACCAUCUAGUGGCAGCUGGUGGGAUGAGCAUGGAAGUGAUGAUGCCAAAAAAGAUGAUAAACCAGGAGAAAAGAAGUUGUCAACAACUAGGAAGUUUUCGUAUAUGGAAGGCAAUGAUGAGCCUCAUCCGAUCUCAGAUUGGAGGUCUACUGUAAAUUCAAGACAGGACUUCUCAUCUGUGACUACUACAUCCAUGCCAUCAUGGAAGAGUGAACUGUCUAUAUCUUCGCCAGAGACAGCCACUGGAAAUGCAUUACCAGAUAGGCUAACUCACCGUCACCAGCUCUCACGCUUUGGGGCUUCAGCCUUUUCAACAGGUGGCUUGGCUUUUACAGCCUUACAAGAUUCAUCUUCAGCUGGUCACUCGCUGAAGGGUUCUCUAACAAGUAACAUUUUAAUGAACCUACAAAACAAGGGUAUCUUAAGCAACUCACACUCUUCCCUGGACGCAUCAUCUCCCAAUCUUCAGAGUUCACUUCCCUCACCCUAUGGUUCAAAGGCUAUUUCAUCUGUGAAUCCUGAUCAACCAGGAGCAGCACAAUCCAGUUCUAUGUGGAGAUCAACAACAUAUACUGAUAAAAUGAGCUCAUCCUCUGUUUUUAGUGAUGGGUUAGCUUCAGCGUUUGGCUCACCAAAAUCAAAGAAGAUGGGAGCAGAAACAAAAGAUGAGUUGCUCAGUAGUCUUUUGUCAAGACAAGAGGCUGCAACUGCCUCUUCAUCCUCAAGCCCUCUAGCAAGCAAUGGGUUAGGGCUGCCACAAUUGUCAAACACAAGUUCUUCAACUGACCAACAGGGAGCUUCUUCCUUCUCACUUCAGUAUGUGCAGCGCAUGCUUGAAGAAUCUCUUGGGUCUGUUCAGAAGUCCAUCCAUGAGGAUGUGAGAAAUCUCCACAUUGAACUUUUAAGACAGUUUCACAUGCAGGAGAUGGAAAUGUCCGGUGUGCUGAAUUUGGUCCUGGAGAAGGUGGAAGGCUUGACAAAGGAGGUGCAGCAACUAAGAAGGGAGAACCAACAGCUCCGGCAGCAGCUUCUAUAAUCUAUGCUUGGCAGGAUGUGGGUGUCGGGUGAGGUGUUCUUAGUUCGGCAUUGUUAUGCUUCGGGAAGUGGAAGGCCGCAGCAUGCAUGGGUUUCUGAGGUAGGCCCAGAUGAUUGAUUGAUUCCUAUGUUGGUUUGUCUGGUUCAUGACAAGGAGUUCACGUUCGACACCGUUGUACAUAUAAGCCUCUUAGUUUAGAAGCAUAUUGAAUUAUCAGUUUCUCUAUUUCUUGUGUUGUGUUGGACUGCUUCCAUGUAUGUUGAUAGCACGGUGGCACAUGGGCGGCCUAAUUUUCGAUGGCCUAUGUGAAAGGCUAACAACAGAGGUUUUAAUGUAGCUUUCGUUACUGGCCUUCUGUGAUAAACACUCGUCCUAAAAUAGCAUUAUAUACCACAUUGCUUUUGUUAUAGCAGCUGUGAGUAACUAGUAGUUGGAGCAAAGCAUAGCAUAGCAUAUGAUGAAACCAAGCUGGCUGUGUUUCCGAUGUAAGAUCCAACAUUGUGUAAAUAACUGCAGAAAAGGUGUCCUUAAACAGU